GUAAAAGCAAAACACAUGUUCUGUGGAUUGUUUCUUUAACUUUAUAUUUUAUUGAUUUAAGGUUUGAUUUAUUGAUUAAAAGUUUCUACUUCACUUACGUCACUCCGUGAGAUUGCUGUAACCGGAUUGAGAAGCAAAGAAAUGUCAUUACUUCGAGUGAUAGGUGGUGAAAUCUUUUCCGCAUAUCGUCAGGGAAUUCUUUCAACUCAAACUCGAACAUUGCGUAUCCCGUCUUACCUAUUGGCAGAGGAAAAAAGUUCGUCGGAAGCGGCAGCCGAAGAAGAACAACCAGAUCAAGCUGAGCAAUCCAAUAAGAAAGCGGAGUCCGAUCCGAAAGAUCGCACCCGUGUCAUUCCGGUUGAGACCAGUAUUCGUUACCUACUAAGCGAAGCCUACCAGCAGACCUACCAAGGUGACCCAGUGUGGAAGCAGUAUCGUCGGAACCACAAGGGUAUUUAUGCACCGCUGAAAACGCGUAAAACUUGCAUUCGGAAGGGGAGGAUUUCAACCGGCAAUCCAUGUCCCGUCUGCCGAGACGAGUAUCUGGUGCUGGACCAUAGAAACCUGAGCCUGAUCAAACAGUUCAUUUCGGAUCAAACUGGUGAAGUGCUUAGCUAUCAGAUUACCGGACUCUGCCAGAAGCGGCACUUGGAACUGCUGGUAGCGGUCGAGCGCGCAAAAGAUUGCGGUAUGAUCACGUUUAAUGUUCCGUUUCGUCACUACGAUUACUUGGAAUACUAUCCAUCACUGAAACAGUAA